CAGCGGUUCUGCCUGUGUGUGUUAUUUAUCUGCUCGGAGCGGGUUGACCGUGCCUGCGCCGUGAUGCAUGAAAUGAGAAGUAGAAUCAGGAACACAUCAUACGCAUAACAUGCUCGCGCGUUAUAAUAUAGUGGCCCGUACGUGUACGACAGCACCGCCGCAUCAGUGAUGUGAGUCUUAUUUUGCUGGUCACCGUUAGAGCUGCCUGCGUGUGGUACUUGCAAAUUGAGUUCUAGAGAUCCUUUUGACAGCCACCCUCAUGGUUGCGGCUGCACACAUGAAGCCUUGCGCCGUGAGUUUGUUCUAUAUAUGAUGAAUAUGACAUGACGGAGACACAGCGAAGUAUGGCCUCAUCUGAUGAACUGACUAGCGCGACACUCUUUUGUAAAUCGCAGUGAAGCUCCACGUGAAAAUCAGAUCUCCUAUAUCUAACGAUGAAAUUGUAUCGUUCACGCUCUUCAGGUUCAGAAGUAGCACCGCUUAUUUUCGUCACAUUCCUUUGAAUUUUUUUGUCCCCUUUCCAGUUUCUCCAGGAAUUAUCCAUGGUAAAAACAGGUUUGGUAGGAAUUGUCGGUGUAGGUUUGGUAGAGAAUAUGUUCUCUGCACCUCAUCACAUCUUAGGUCUUCUUGUUCACCUUUCACUCCCUCUCUAUCUCCUUAAUCGUUCUGGCAGCACUUAUCUCACGCUUAACCCGUUAUCCGUGGUAAAAACAGAUUUCUCGAAACAAAUUGAAAUCACAUAAGUAUACAUUUUUUUUUGGAAGGCUGAGAGAGUAGACCUAAACCAUUCGGACUCGCUGCUGACUCAUAGAGGCGUCAUCUAGAAUUGACCGGGCACAUUACUACAGGGCAGCAUGUCGUUGAUACGACGACACAGCAUCAUCACAGCAUUGGCAAACAGAUAGAUACAUAAGUACAGUACAACUGGAAAAGAUAGGACUGCUGCACAACACGUACACGAACACCAAUAAGAACAGCAUGAUACAUGUUGUCAGCGUGAUAAUCUUUGCACAUGACUUAAGUACAAGGAAGAGACUAAGCCAGCAAAUUAUCUUUGGAAAUAGAACAUACGGCAUCAGCUCUUGUUUGAGAACCAUUUUUUACCAACGUGAUAGACUUCAUGGAAUGGAAUGAGUAGUGCCGAGCCAAUCAUGCUCGAAUUCACUUCCGAAUAGACAUGUCUGUGUAAAACCUGACCAUACAUCAACAACCUUCUUGGCACACUACAUGGCUUUGAACAGAAGCUUUCAUCUCGUAAAAACUACCUCAUUUCCGUAUUUCAAAAACUACCAAGAAGUACCAACGCAAUGUUAGAAUUGACAACCCCUCUGCAUGCUCGAUAUGUAGUCUGUACUUUUUUAUUGUCUCUGCGUGCACUCAGUCACUCUCAACGAAGAUUUUGGCAAGAUUUCAUGAAAAACAAU